UAUACUAGUCCGACUCUACUACUGGCUCUGAUCUGUAGCUGCGUCGCGGUCGCCCAUGGUGGUCGUCUUCCCCCCGACUCCCCGCCCCAGCCAAAUCCCGACCCCCGCCGCGGCGCCGAUCCCCCGGCGCCCCCGGUCCUCCUAAUCCCCGGAUCACCCCCCCACCCAGCUGGAUUCAGCUCGAUGCGGCCGGCCGCGGCGUGGUAGCGGAUCCCCGCGCGAGCGAGCUAGGGUUAGGGUUUCGAGGGGUUUGCGCUAGGGUUUGGUCCGCGAUGGGCCGGUCCCGCGGGGUGCCCAAUUCCGGCGACGACGAUACCAACCACAGGUCGAAGCGGAGGAGGGUCGCCUCGACCGGGGAUGCGUCCGACUCGCUCUCCGCCGCGUGCGGGGGAGCCGGCGACGGGAAGAAGGCGCUCUACCACUGCAACUACUGCAACAAGGACCUGUCCGGGAAGAUCCGGUUCAAGUGCUCCAAGUGCCCCGACUUUGACCUCUGCGUCGAGUGCUUCUCCGUUGGAGCUGAGGUCCAGCCGCAUCGGAGCAACCACCCCUACAGGGUCAUGGACAACCUAUCUUUUCCUCUCAUUUGUCCAGAUUGGAAUGCGGAUGAGGAAAUCCUUCUUCUAGAGGGAAUUGAAAUGUAUGGUCUGGGAAACUGGGCUGAAGUUGCGGAGCAUGUUGGUACCAAGAGCAAGGCACAGUGCAUUGAGCAUUAUACUACUGCAUAUAUGAACUCACCUUGUUAUCCCCUUCCGGACAUGUCUCAUGUUAAUGGCAAGAAUAGGAAGGAACUUCUUGCCAUGGCUAAAGUACAGGGUGAGAGUAAAAAAGGAAUUCCACUGUUAUCAGGGGAUUUGACACCUAAGGCAGAGUCACCGUUUUCUCCCUCCAGGGUCAAGAUGGAAGAUGCACUUGGAGAAGGCCCAGCCAGUCGAUCACCUUCGCACAUACCUGGCGGCGCAAACAAGAAAGCUUCAACUGCUGGUCAUUUUAAAGAUAAUUCCAAUCUAUCUAAAGUCGAAGAUGGUCAUAUGGAUAGAAGUAUUGGUGUGAAAAAACCCAGAUAUUCUGCAGAUGAAGGGCCUUCUUUAACUGAAUUGAGUGGGUACAAUGCAAAGAGACAUGAGUUUGACCCAGAGUAUGAUAAUGAUGCUGAACAAGCCCUCGCAGAGAUGGAAUUUAAAGAAACUGAUACGGAAACUGAUCGUGAACUGAAGCUACGUGUGCUGCGUAUUUACUUGUCAAGGCUUGAUGAAAGGAAAAGGAGAAAAGAGUUCAUAUUGGAAAGAAAUUUACUAUAUCCUAAUCCUUUGGAGAAGGAUCUAACAAAUGAAGACAAGGAAGUUUAUCAUCGAUACAAGGUUUUCAUGCGUUUCCUUUCCAAGGAGGAACAUGAAGCACUUGUUAGGAGUGUUAUUGAAGAGCGAAAAAUCCGUAGGAGGAUUCAAGAGCUUCAGGAAUGUCGUUCAGCUGGGUGUCGUACGCUGGCUGAAGCCAAGAUACACAUAGAGCAAAAGAGGAGAAAGGAGUAUGAGGCGAAUGCCCUGAAAGCUAAGGAAAGUGGCCAGCUUAUUUCAAAUAGUAAAUCAGGACACAAAACAAACCGGCCUAUGAAAGUUGAGACUGAUGGGAGUUUGGAUCUUAAGAAAGGUAGUGCCAUUUUGGAUGCCGGUGGUAGGGAUUCUCCAAAAAGCACAGGACCAACAAGCGCUAAGCAAUGGGAUGAUUGGGACAUUGUUGGUCUUCCUGGGGCAGAGCUAUUAAGCGUCAGCGAAAAACUUCUGUGCUGUCAGAACAGAUUGCUACCCAGUCAUUAUCUGAGAAUGCAGGAGGUGUUGAUGCAGGAGAUGUUCAAGGGCAACAUCGUCAAGAAGGAAGAUGCCCAUGUAUUGUUUAAAGUUGACCCUGCCAAAGUCGAUACGGUUUACGAUAUGGUGACAAAAAAGCUGGGUAACAACGAGGAGGCUCCGAUGGUUUAGCUAUGCAAUUUGGGCUCUGCCUGCUCUAGGCUUGGCCCAGAACCAAAUCUUGGUUUCUCAGCACGACGGAGGCCCAGGUGAGAAAGGAGGCUAUACUUACAUGACUUGGCUGUAGCAGUGUUACAUUGAGAUUUGUGUCAGAUUUCUGAAGGAAGUGCAAUAAGGCAUUCGAGCCAAAUUGUAAAAUUACCCGGCAGCGGGAAUGUGUAGCGUGAGUUGUUGCCAUUGCUGUUUGAUUUUUAAAGAGGAGAUAGACGCCAUUGCUGUUGAAAGUGUACUGUGAUGAUCAUGAUGUGAUAGUGCCUUUGUUGUAGGUUUAGGGGACUGAGAAUGAUGUACCAUGUAUGUAAACAUUUGUCCAUUUUAUUUAUGAUAAUGCGGAUUCAUGUGCAA